AUGCAUUACAAGUCUGCUUUUAUCUCUCUUGCCCUAGUAGGUUUAGUUGUCAGUCAACCUAUAGGGUCGCAAUCUCCAAAAGAUUAUGUUGUCGUUUGGCAUGAAAGCACUACUCCUGAAGAGCGAAGCAAGCACAUACACAUGCUCAGCAAGCGUGAUUCUUCUGCGAACAUUAAGGGCCACUUUACCAUUGGUAACUCAGUAGGAAUUCAUGGAGAGUUCACGCCAGAUCUGGUGAAUGCUCUGAGUCUUCACCCUGCUGUAGAUAUUGUUGAGCCAGAUACUCUCGAGUAUGGACAACAGACGUUAUACACUCAGAACGAGGCCCCGUGGGGGUUAUCCAGAAUUUCUCACCUUCAAUUUGCUCCAAAUAACACAUAUGGCAAUGGUGAAUACCUGUUCUUGAGCGGGAAUGGUGAGCAUACUACAGUCUAUAUUCUAGACACUGGAAUUAGGACAACUCAUGUAGAAUUUGCAAACAGAAUUCGAUGGGGACAAAAUUUUGUCGAUGACAUCAACGACGAUGAAAAUGGCCAUGGUACACAUGUAGCAGGUACUGCUGCUGGUUCAUCAGUUGGUGUCGCGAAAUAUGCCGAUAUUGUGGCGGUAAAGAUUUUGAACGCCGACCAAACAGGCACGUUAUCAAACUUCCUUAAGGCAAUGUCAUGGAUAGUUGAUGACUACAAACAACAAAUUGCAUCAAACUCUACAUCACAUGCGGUCAUUAACUAUUCUGCUAUUGGUGAGACCUCCGACGCGAGAGAUAAAGCAAUUGGUGCUGCAAUCGAUGCUGGCAUAUUCUUUGUUGGGGCAUCAGGAAAUAAGGAAGAAAAUGCAUGUGAUUUUGGUCCACCAAACUUUGGCCCCAAUCGUAAAGGUCAGCUUAUUGUUGCUGCCCUCAAUUCCACGGAUGAACCAGCAUCUUUCACCAACUACGGACCUUGCAUCGACGUUUACGCACCUGGUGUAGAGGUUAGAAGUAGUCUAAAUAAUUCCGACACUGAUUAUGGUCUUAUGAGUGGUAGUUCAAUGGCAGCUCCUCAUGUUGCAGGUUUGGUUGCAUACUAUUGGUCUCUUAAUCAAUCUUUCUCAAUGGAUGAGAUUUCCGCUUUGAUUAAGAACAGCAAUGCUGGAUCUGUCUUGAACAACUUUCCGGACACUGUCAGUAAUAUUGCUUUCAACAUGGCCAACAUCACUCAGAAUUAA